AUGAGGGCUUCCAUCAUGCUGCGCUUCGGCGCCUCCAGGCUCUCAUACGGCCCUAGCCUCCGACGCAAUCUCGCAACCCAGGCCGCCGUCAACCCUGCCAGCGGCACCUACAACCUCGUCGAAAAGAUCGUGCAGAAGUAUGCCGUAGACCUAUCUCCCGGCUCGCACGUCAAGUCUGGCGACUAUGUCUCGAUUCGACCCGGCACUGUCAUGACACACGACAACACCGGCCCCGUCAUCUCCAAGUUCGGCUCGAUCGGUGCCACUUCCAUCUAUAACCCUGACCAGGUCGUCUUUGCGCUCGACCACGAUGUCCAGAACAAGUCAGCCAAGAACUUGGAAAAGUACAGCAAGAUCGAAAGCUUUGCUCGCAAGCACGGUAUCGACUUCUACCCUGCUGGGCGUGGGAUUGGUCAUCAAGUGCUAGUCGAGGAAGGAUACGCUUUCCCACAGACACUGGCGGUGGCGAGUGACUCGCACUCGAACAUGUACGGUGGUGUUGGAUGUCUCGGUACGCCGAUUGUGAGGACGGAUGCAGCUGCGAUCUGGGCGACAGGUCAGACAUGGUGGCAGAUUCCAGAGGUGGUCAAGGUUGAGCUCAACGGCCAGCUGCCCAAGGGUGUCACCGGUAAGGAUGUCAUCGUUGCGCUCUGCGGAUACUUCAACAAGGAUCAAGUGCUUAAUGCAGCUAUCGAGUUCCACGGCUCCGGUCUUUCUUCGCUCUCAGUAGAGGAGCGUCUUGCCAUUGCCAACAUGACCACCGAGUGGGGUGCGCUCGCCGGUCUCUUCCCCACCGACGACAUCACUCUUUCCUGGUACGAAAAGCAGAUCCGCAAACGCGACAAGCUCGAGUUCCAAAUCGGCUCCUCUCCCUCUCCCUCUUCAUCGCACCCUCGCCUCAAUAUGCAUCGUCUCGAAGAACUCUCUCGCACUCUGCUCCGUCCCGACAGCGACGCACUCUACUCUAAGCACCUCACACUCGACCUCGCCACUCUCGUUCCGCACGUUUCCGGUCCCAACUCUGUCAAAGUCUCCACCCCGCUCGAUGAGCUUUCCGCACAAAACAUUGGCAUCAACAAAGCUUACCUUGUCUCGUGCGUCAACUCUCGCGCUUCGGACCUCAAAGCAGCUGCCGACGUCAUUCGCGGGAAGAAGGUCGCCAAGGGGGUUGAAUUCUACGUUGCCGCAGCGAGCAGUGUUGUUCAGCGUGAAGCAGAAAAGGCAGGUGAUUGGGGAGCACUCAUGGCCGCAGGGGCUAAGCCUCUUCCUGCCGGUUGUGGACCCUGUAUCGGUCUUGGUGUGGGCUUGUUGGAAGACGGAGAAGUUGGUAUUUCAGCUACGAACCGAAACUACAAGGGCCGAAUGGGAAGCCCAAACGCGCAAGCAUACCUGGCUUCACCUGCAGUAGUAGCUGCCUCCGCUAUCGAGGGUAAAAUUUGCGGUCCUGCUGAUCUUGAUCCUUCGCUUUUGCCGCCUUCGCGAGGGUUGAAGUACUCGAUCACAACUGCUGGUAGUGCUGAUGCUUCCGCUUCUACAUCGGCAUCCACCGACGCCGGCGCUGGAGUAGAAAUCCUCCCCUCCUUCCCAACCUCCUUCUCAGGCCCGCUCAUCUUCGCCCCACAAGACAACCUCAACACAGACGGCAUCUACCCGGGCAAAUACACAUAUCAAGAUGACAUUACACCCACAAAACAAGCUGAGGUCGUUAUGGAGAACUACGAUCCUACUUUUGCUUCCACCAUUGCUUCUCUUCGUCCUUCGUCUCCAUCCUCUGAUUCCACCUCAGGCCUCAAGGCAGGUCCGGUUCUGAUCGGAGGCUACAACUUCGGCACGGGUUCAUCACGAGAACAAGCCGCCACAGCCCUCAAGUACGCCGGUAUCCCACUCGUACUAGCCGGCAGUUUCGGUGACAUCUUCAAGCGAAACGCCAUCAACAACGGUCUUAUCUGUCUCGAAGCCCACGAGCUAGUCCAAGAUCUCACUAAGUUCUACCUAGGUGAAGGCGGGCAAAGGAACCAGAAGGCGAUCUUGUUGAAGAAUGCAAAGGUGAAAAUCCAUGCAGCAACAGGAAAGAUCCAGUUGAGCUUUGAGGGACCACAGGGGGAGAAGAUGGAAAAGACCUACACGGCUAAGCCUGCAGGUAUCGGUAGGAGUGUACAGGAGAUCUACACUGCCGGUGGAUUGGAGAAGUGGGUCAAGGAGAGGAUUUGA